AUGCCUUGGCCGUUUACAGAGUCCAUCAAGAAGAGGGCCUGUCGGUACCUCCUGCAGAGGUACCUCGGUCACUUUCUGCAAGAGAAGCUGAGCCUGGAGCAGCUCAGCCUGGACCUGUACCAGGGCACCGGGUCCCUCACCCAGGUACCCCUGGACAAAUGGUGUCUCAAUGAGAUCCUGGAGUCAGCAGAUGCGCCUUUAGAAGUCACUGAAGGAUUCAUACAGUCAAUUUCUCUGUCAGUUCCAUGGGGCUCCUUGCUACAGGAUAACUGUGCACUGGAAGUGAAAGGGUUAGAAAUGGUCUUCCGACCUAGACCUCGCCUAGCAACUGGUUCUGAGCCUAUGUAUUGGUCAAGUUUCAUGACCAGCAGUAUGCAAUUGGCAAAGGAAUGUCUUAGCCAGAAACUAACAGAUGAGCAAGGAGAAGGAACCCAGCCUUUUGAAGGACUUGAAAAGUUUGCUGAAACCAUUGAAACAGUACUAAGAAGAGUAAAAGUCACUUUUAUAGACACUGUUUUGAGAGUUGAACAUGUGCCAGAAAAUUCCAAAACUGGAACUGCACUUGAAAUUCGAAUAGAAAGGACAAUGUACUGCGAUGAAGCUGCCGACGAGUCCUCAGGAAUCAACGUGCAUCAGCCCACAGCGUUUGCUCACAAGUUACUGCAGCUCUCUGGAGUGUCUCUCUUCUGGGAUGAGUUUUCUGCAUCAGCAAAAUCUUCCCCAGUGUGUUCAACUGCACCAGCGGAAACUGAGCCAAAGCUGUCACCUAGCUGGAAUCCCAAAAUUGUUUAUGAGCCACACCCACAACUAACUAGAAAUUUGCCGGAGGUAGCACCCUCUGACCCAGUGCAGAUUGGAGGGCUAAUUGGUAGGUUGGAGUUGAGUCUUACAUUGAAACAGAAUGAAGUACUUCCUGGAGCUAAGUUGGAUAUUGAUGGGCAGAUAGACUCUGUACAUCUGUUCCUGUCGCCAAGGCAGGUACACUUGCUUUUGGAUAUGUUAGCAGCUAUUGCUGGACCAGAAAAUUCAAGCAAAAUAGGGUUAGCUAAUAAAGACAGAAAAAGUCGACCCAUGCAGCAAGAAGAUGAAUAUCGAAUCCAAAUGGAAUUAAACCGGUAUUAUUUGAGGAAAGAUUCCCUCUCUGCCGCUGUAUCCUCAGAGCAAAGCUUUUAUGAGACAGAAACGGCUCGUACACCUUCUAGCCGGGAAGAAGAAGUUUUCUUUUCCAUGGCUGAUAUGGACAUGUCCCAUAGUCUGUCUUCCCUUCCACCCCUUGGGGAACCCCCAAAUAUGGACCUCGAGUUAUCAUUAACUAGUACAUACACCAAUACCCCAGCAGGAUCUCCACUAAGCACCACUGUGCUUCAGCCAACUUGGGGAGAUUUCAUUGAUCAUCAUAAAGAACAGCCAGUAAGAGGGUCAGCAUUACCAUCCAACCUAGUUCACCCAGCAUCUUUACAGAAGACUUCUCUCCCGUCUAGAUCUGUGUCAGUGGAUGAAUCCAGGCCUGAACUUAUUUUUAGACUAGCUGUGGGAACUUUUUCAGUCUCUGUGCUUCACAUCGAUCCUUUAUCUCCACCUGAAACGUCACUGAACCUUAAUCCGUUGACAUCUAUGGCGAUAGCUUUCUUUACUUGCAUAGAAAAGAUUGAUCCAGCAGGAUUUUCAACAGAAGAUUUUAAGUCUUUCCGAGCGGUAUUUGCAGAAGCUUGCUCGCAUGAUCACCUUAGAUUUAUAGGUACUGGCAUCAAAGUGUCCUAUGAACAAAGGCAAAGAUCAUCUUCCCGCUAUUUCAGUACUGAUAUGUCCAUUGGGCAGAUGGAACUUUUGGAGUGCCUGUUUCCGACUGAUUUUCAUUCUGUUCCUCCUCACUAUACAGAGCUUUUAAUGUUCCAUUCCAAAGAACGAACUGAUUCCCACCCUCCUGUGUGUCUUCAGCUUCAUUAUAAGCAUUCUGAGAAUAAAGGACCCCAGAGUAAUCAAGCAAGACUUAGUUCUGUUCCUCAGAAGGCAGAAUUACAAAUUAAAUUAAACCCAGUAUUUUGUGAGCUGGAUAUCAGUAUUGUGGACAGGUUAAAUUCUUUGCUUCAACCCCAAAAACUUACUACAGUGGAGAUGAUGGCAUCUCACAUGUAUACGUCAUAUAAUAAGCACAUUAGUCUGCAUAAAGCUUUCGCUGAAGUAUUUCUAGAUGAUUCACAUAAUCCUGCAAAUUGUCGGAUAUCAGUACAAGUUGCCACACCAGCAUUGAACCUUUCUGUUCGCUUCCCAAUACCUGAUCUUCGAUCAGAUCAAGAGAGAGGACCAUGGUUUAAGAAAUCACUUCAGAAGGAGAUUCUUCAUUUAGCAUUCACAGAUCUAGAAUUUAAGACUGAAUUCAUAGGAGGAUCAACCCCUGAACAAGUUAAAUUGGAGCUUACCUUUAGAGAACUAGUCGGGUCAUUCCAGGAAGGUAAAGGAGAACCAUCUGUUAAGUUUUUCCACGUGGCUAGUGGAGGAGAUGGAGAUACAACGUCGUCAGAUGACUUUGACUGGCCGCGAAUUGUACUGAAAGUAAACCCACCAGCCAUGCAUUCCAUUUUGGAGAGAAUAGCAGCUGAGGAGGAAGAAGAAAGUGAUGGCCACUAUCAGGAGGAAGAGGAGGGAGGCGCUCAUUCGCUGAAAGAUGUUUGUGACCUGAGAAGACCAGCCCCGUCUCCCUUUUCUUCUCGUAGAGUAAUGUUCGAAAAUGAACAGAUGGUGAUGCCAGGAGACCCUGUAGAAAUGACAGAGUUUCAGGAUAAAGCAAUCAGCAAUUCUCACUAUGUGCUGGAACUUACGUUACCUAAUAUUCAUAUAACACUACCUAAUAAAAGCUUUUAUGAGAAGCUUUAUAAUAGGAUCUUUAAUGAUUUGCUGCUUUGGGAACCAACAGCUCCUUCACCAGUAGAGACAUUUGAAAAUAUCUCAUACGGUAUUGGGCUUUCAGUAGCCAGUCAGCUGAUUAAUACCUUCAGCAAAGAUAGUUUUAGUCCAUUUAAAUCUACAGUUCACUAUGAUGAGGAGAGUGGAUCUGAGGAGGAGACUCUGCAGUAUUUUUCUACUGUUGAUCACAAUUAUCGUUCCCGUAGGAAAAAAAAACUAGACUCUCAGAACAAGAACUCACAGAGUUUUCUCUCGGUCCUUCUGAGUAUUAAUCAUGGAUUGAUGGCAGUGUUUACAGAUGUAAAGCAGGAUAAUGGAGAUCUGUUGGAAAACAAACAUGGUGAAUUCUGGUUAGAAUUCAAUAGUGGUUCGUUAUUUUGCGUGACAAAAUAUGAAGGUUUUGAUGACAAGCACUACAUCUGCCUUCAUUCUAGCAGCUUCAGUCUCUACCACAAAGGCAUGGUGGAUGGAGCAAUUCUUCCUACAGAAACACGACUACCCACUUCAACCCGCCCACAUUGGCUGGAACCUACUAUUUAUUCCUCUGAAGAAGAUGGCCUCAGUAGAGCUGCUUCAGAUGGUGUUGGAGGAGAGGCUUUGAAUAUGCUCUCUGUUGCAGUUAAAAUAUUGUCUGAUAAAUCAGAGUCCAAUACAAAGGAAUUUCUCAUUGCUGUAGGACUGAAAGGAGCCACUCUCCAGCAUAGAAUGCUUCCUUCUGGGCUUAGCUGGCAUGAGCAGAUUUUAUACUUCUUGAAUAUUGCUGAUGAACCUGUUCUGGGAUACAAUCCUCCAACUUCAUUUACAACCUUCCAUGUUCAUCUCUGGAGCUGUGCACUUGAUUAUAGGCCUCUUUAUUUGCCAAUUCGCUCUCUUCUUACUGUGGAAACAUUCAGUGUUUCAAGUAGUGUUUCCUUGGAUAAAUCAUCAUCUACUCUCAGAAUAAUCUUGGAUGAAGCUGCUUUACACCUGUCUGACAAGUGUAAUACUGUCACUAUAAAUUUGAAUAGAGAUUAUGUUCGUGUGAUGGAUAUGGGGCUUUUGGAAUUAACAAUAACUGCAGUGAAGUCUGAUUCUGAUGGAGAGCAAACUGAGCCGCGCUUUGAAUUACACUGUUCGAGUGACGUUGUCCAUAUCAGAACGUGCUCGGACUCUUGUGCUGCGUUAAUGAAUCUCAUUCAGUACAUUGCAAGCUAUGGGGACUUACAGGCAGCUCACAAAGCAGACAUGAAGCCUGGAGCCCCUCAAAGAAAGAUGAAGGUAGAUUCCAGUGGUCGAUCAUCCUCACGUGGCCCAGUUCUUCCUGAAGCAGAUCAACAGAUUUUACGAGAUUUGAUGAGUGACGCUAUGGAGGAAAUUGACACACAGGAGGCCGCUUCGUCGGUAAAGCCACAGUCUAACGGUGUUUUGGAUGAAAAAUCUCAAAUUCAGGAGCCAUGUUGUUCAGACCUCUUCCUGUUUCCAGAUGAGAGUGGGAACGUGUCCCAGGAGCCUGGCCCCACUUAUGCCUCAUUCACACACCACCUGAUAAGUGAUGCAGUGACAGGCGCGCCCACAGAGAAUGACGACUUUUGUAUUCUUUUUGCACCAAGAGCAACGAUUCAGGAGAAGGAAGAGGAGCCAGUUGUAAAAAUAAUGGUUGAUGAUGCAAUUGUGAUAAGAGAUAAUUACUUUAGCCUGCCUGGUAAGAAGACAGAUACGAGCAGAGCGCCCUUACACUUUCCCAUUCCUGUAAUUCGUUAUGUGGUUAAAGAAGUCUCUCUUGUUUGGCACCUUUAUGGAGGAAAAGAUUUUGGAACAGCCCCUCCUACUUCUCCAGCUAAAAGUUAUAUUAGUCCCCACAGCUCACCUUCUCACACACCCACAAGACAUGGACGUAAUAUGGUAUGUGGGGGAAAAGGAAGAAACCAUGACUUUUUGAUGGAGAUACAGUUAAGCAAGGUGAAGUUUCAGCACGAGGUCUACCCGCCCUGCAGACCAGAAUGCGACUCCAGCCUCCUGGAACACCCGGUCUCCCGGCAGGUGUUCAUCGUGCAGGAUCUUGAAAUUCGAGAUCGUCUGGCAACAUCACAAAUGAAUAAGUUUUUGUACUUGUAUUGCAGUAAAGAAAUGCCUCGAAAAGCUCAUUCCAACAUGUUGACAGUUAAAGCAUUACACGUGCGCCCCGAGUCUGGCAGGUCACCACAAGAAUGCUGCCUCAGAGUGUCACUGAUGCCACUUCGCCUCAAUAUUGACCAGGAUGCCUUGUUCUUCCUGAAGGAUUUUUUCACAAGUCUUUCUACAGAAGUAGAGCUUCUCAUGACUCCAGAUCCAGAAGUUAAAAAGUCUCCUGGAGCUGAUGUCACCUGCAGUUUGCCAAGGCAUUUAAGCACCUCAAAGGAGCCAAAUCUACUUGUUUCUUUCCCUGGGCCAAAGCAGCCCUCCCUACACGACAGUGCCAACUCCGUGCACAUGGUUAACGGGGAAGAAGAGAAGGACUUCUCAGCUGAAGAAGCGUCGUUCAGUGAUCAGCCUGUGUUUUUCAGAGAAUUUAGAUUCACAUCAGAAGUUCCUAUUCGACUUGAUUAUCACGGCAAACACGUAUCGAUGGAUCAGGGUACGUUAGCUGGGAUUUUGAUUGGUCUGGCCCAGUUAAACUGCUCUGAACUGAAGCUGAAGAGGCUUUUCUAUCGGCAUGGUUUGCUAGGUGUUGACAAAUUAUUCUCAUAUGCAAUCACCGAAUGGCUUACUGACAUCAAGAAGAACCAGCUGCCGGGAAUCCUGGGGGGUGUUGGGCCUAUGCAUUCACUAGUACAGCUGGUGCAAGGCCUCAAGGACUUGGUCUGGUUACCGAUCGAGCAGUACCGGAAGGAUGGUCGCAUCGUCAGAGGAUUUCAGAGAGGCGCUGCCUCCUUUGGCACCUCGACAGCGAUGGCUGCUCUAGAACUCACAAACAGGAUGGUGCAGACCAUACAGGCAGCGGCAGAGACUGCUUAUGACAUGGUGUCUCCUGGUACCCUUUCUAUUGAGCCCAAGAAGAUCAAGAGGUUCCCUCAUCACCGGUUAGCCCACCAGCCAGUGGACCUGAGGGAAGGCGUGGCCAAGGCCUACAGUGUGGUGAAGGAGGGAAUUACAGACACUGCUCAGACCAUUUAUGAGACCGCAGCUCGGGAACACGAGAGCAGAGGGGUCACCGGCGCCGUGGGCGAGGUCCUGCGCCAGAUUCCCCCGGCCGUGGUGAAGCCGCUGAUCGUUGCCACAGAAGCAACAUCAAACGUCUUGGGCGGCAUGAGGAACCAGAUUAGACCAGACGUUCGGCAAGACGAAUCCCAGAAGUGGCGCCACAGUGAAGACUGACGUUCAGCGGCGGCCCUGGACGGGGAUGACGAGGGCGGACAGGAGGAGCGGAGCGUCCCGUGGGCGGCUCCGGAGGGGACUCGUUUAAUUUUAUUGUGCUCAUCUCAGGAACAACACCAUUUCUUAGUUAAAUAAUUUAAUAUCAAAACAACAUGCAACCAAAAACUUUUGACAUUAUAGGGCUAGUUUGGGACUUGCCUGUAGAAAUGUUGGUGCCUGGUGUCAAAAGUCCAUAAAGCAUUUUCUGCCAAGUUAGUGGAAUGCUUGCUUUUGUUAAAGUGACUGUAAUUUUCCGUAUUGCAGACAAGCUAUCAUUGGAAACCUUUUAGAGUACAGAGUGCUGAAAAACAUUUGAGCACUUUGAAAGCACUAUUUAUGUUGCUCCAAGGAGUUGAUUCUUCUCCAGGUUUAAAAAGAAUCACAGCUUCAGAACUUUCAUUGACAAUGAGAGACAGAAGCCACAGGGAAAAUAAAGCAAAUAGGAUUUUCAAUAUAAGUAUCAGUGAGGAAAAAAUAACGUAGUCUGUGGGAUUUAGUGUUCACGCACUUGAAAACAACAUCGUUUCCAUUUACUCAGAAAACCCUUCUCUGGGCGUUUGAGAACGUGAAUGUCGCAGACUUGUUCUGUUGUGUUGCACUUUAUCCUGUGUGUGUGUGUGUCUGUGUGUGUGCGUGCGAAUUAAUACAAGUCAUGUGCUAUAUUCUGUACGUAGUUUACAGAGUUACACAAAAUAUAAGGAGGAGUUAGUCUGAAGGUUUUUGCAAAGGAAGGUAACUCAAAUGUAAUAACUUCAUUUAUUCUAAGUGUAAAUGAAAAUGUGCAUUCUAUAAUGAACUGGGGCCCAUGUGAUUGUUUAUAUGUUCAGGUUUUGGGAGGUAUAAUGCAAGCUUAUUAGGAAUGUGUGGGAAGGGAGAUUGGAAGUGGUUUUUACUCUUUUGAAAUUAACCAGAAAUCCUCCAGAUACGCCCUAGUCAGCUAUUUCAAAGUACCGUUUUUACUUGGUUAACAGUGUACGUUUUGAUAACCUGUCAGGAAUGAAUAAACUAUUUUUAUUUAAAGGUAAAAUUGUUUUAUGCUUCCAUGAAUAUUUUGCUUUUCUUAGAGCAUAUUCAUAGAUGCAACACUAUGAUUUAUUCCAAGAUCCUUGGGAAAACUUUCUCAAAAUUGGUUUUGGUUAAUAACAGGUAAAUCAUUACCUGGGAAUUAGGGGGAAGUUGUCCUCAAGAACUCCAUUUCUGACGUUACAUUAGCAGAAAGCAAAUGUAGGAUUUUGUAUCCACUGUAAAGUUGCAUGAUGUGAAUUCUCAUUUUCUAGAAGUUGGGGUGAAUUUGGGUUUCAGAACUACAUUUCCGCUUGGGUUUUGGAAAAUGACGUUGAAUCAGUUUCAUCCUCUCAACUUCCCUAAAUAAGAAAGCAAUGUAAACCAAAAAUCUGAACAUUUAAAAUCUUAAAAUUUACGUUAAAUAGCAUUUAAUUUUAUUUUGUUCCCUUUUUACUGCUGAAAAAUUUAAAAGGACAGUACUCAGAAAACCACCUGUUUAAGUAUCACAGGAUAUCAUUGCCAUUACUCUGCCCCAGGUAGAUGGCAUCCACGUGGGACAUGAUCCUGAGUGAACACUGGCCAUGGCUGUUUAUUAUCACAUGGAGCUUCAGCCUGCUUCUGGGCACUUUCCGAGCACCCUCGUGUCAGCCCCCGUGUGCUCCAUCUUCCGUCGUGUUGGAACAGGCUGUGUGUGUUUUCUGUGAUGAUUAACCAAACGAAAAAACACUUGCUCAGAUUUAAAAAUAUAAAAUCUCUUUACCUUUUAAAUAUUUUUCCAUUGUUAUACUAAUUAUUUUAAUUCAGUUAGAUAUAGGGAGAAAUAGUCAUCCUCUUUGCACUCUGAGUAACAAAUGGACCCAUCUUUUGACAAAUUAGGUUUGACAAAUCCCACUUAAACGUGUCUUUAUAACGUAGUCUCCAUGGUUCUCUCUGUUCCGCUCUCCGGCUCCUGCUUGUGAUAGAAUCCAUGUUUGGGAACAGAAACCUGUGUCUCAGAUUCAGUGUCAGUUUAACCAAGAUGCUCUUUGCUUGAGAUGUUUACAUAGAAGACCUGUCUUUGAACGCUUAGACAUUGUUAAGUAUCCGUAAUUUUUUUCUUUUUUAAUAGUGUCUCUUCAAACUUUGAUGUCACAAUGACACAGUGAAGAAUGUUGGGCAGGACCCUUGUGUGGCCAGAUCAGUUACCAAGCGGAUAACUUUGCCAAGAUGUUCGAUUUCUCUAAGCCUGUGUCCCUCUCUGUAAUCAAAGGGGUUUCUUAUGACAAGACUCAGCAGAGACUUUCGGGUGAUGAGAGCGAGCCUGUGUGUGAAUGAUGGUGUGGGACGUAAUGCUCGUUUGAGGGCCCCAGGCCUGUGACACCUCGGACGAGUGGCAGUGUCGAACAAGAACACUGGUCACAUCACACCUGCAGUCCCCACGGCCCCCAGAUCUCAGACCUCUUAGAGCGAUGCGUUUCUGAACGGCCACAGUGCCUUUGCGGCUGACGUGAGAAUGGAGCAGGCUGAGCGUGUCCGCGUGUGGCUGCACUGAGUCGGCAUGGGUGUCUGCCCAAGGGGUCCAAGUACGCGAGCCUGAUCGAGGUGCAGCACUGAGUUUCAGAACUCGCAGUGUCCAGACCACCUCGCGUCACAGAGGCCGUGGCCACGGCGAUGUCCCCCCUUGAGGGCUGAUUUGGCUCCCCCAGUUUCCGUCCUGUCUGUCCACAGGUUGCUUUUACUUACAAGCAAAAUUUCCACUCGACAUUGGCCUUUUAGGAUAGGGAGGGUGCAAUGUUGCUUUUUUUUUCUAGGCAUCAUGGUGUGGACUUUCAUUUUAGUAAAGCUUGGUUGCAGUUUGGAUUCCCACUUAAGCAUAUUUAACAUCAAUAUUUUUAUGAUGUAAAAUUCACUAUAAGAACAAAAAUCUUUCCAAAUAGCAGUGUGCCUAAAAAGACGAAAAACCAGUGUCUCCUGCCUCCUGCUCUGUGUCGCUUUUAAAUGCUAUUGAAAUAGUUCCAGCUUUUAAGGGAAUUACUUUUUAACCAUCUCCUUUAAACCUGCGUUCUGUAGGCUUGGUGCCUUUGUUCAGUUUCAAAACAGAACCACCAUGCCUGCUCCUGCUGGGGCCGCUCGCCGCCCUUGGGUGCUGUUUGAUGUAGGUUCUGCAUGUGUGGACUCUCACCAGAGAGGAGAGAUAGCAAGCAGAGUGGAAGUUACGUAGUUUUAAGUGAGGAAUCCACACUUGCACUAGACAGUUUCAGGAUUAACAACGAAUGGUCUUAACGUUCAUUUAAAUUUUGUAUAUGUGAGAAGCUGCGUGACUAGGCUUAAGAGAAAUCAUUUAACUGCUUCAGUUUUCUUAUACCUGCAUUGGUGUAAAUCCUCAGCAUUAUGGGGAGUGGGGCAGGAUUUAGUGAGUCGUGGUGAGCAGUCUUAUUCCCUGUUUCCCUUCAUAUCUCUUGAUCUACUUAAGACAUUAGAGAAAAUGUCUAUAAAGUUCUUGAACUUUCUUGAAAAUAAGGGACUAUGCAAAACACAGAGUGAUACUCUGUAUCUGCAAAUGCAUCAACUGGACAUACCAACUGGUAUCAAAUAGAAUAAAUCAAAUAGAAAUUUGUAAGUCUUAGGUUAGAAAGGAGGGUUAUCUGUAUAGUGUAUGAAUAAAGAUGGGAAAUUUGUUUUCCUUUUUUUCAUUACCAAGAAACCUUAUUUCUGUUUACUGAAAGAUACAGUCAGCCUCUUCAGUAGGAAUAAUGGAGUGCUUUAAUGCCAAUUUAUUUUUAUCUCAAUAUUUUCGGGAUCAUGCUAGGCAUACUGCUCCCUUGAAAAGACUAUAUGCACAGUUGCAAGCCAGCCAGUUUAAUCAGACGUACUUUCCUUUCAUCAUAGUGUCUGCAAAUCAGAGACAGAGAAGGCAUUCUAACAUACCACGGUAGACUUUUGGGGGGAUGAGAAAUUUCAGUGAGUUUCAACAAUGCAUGUCUUGAAAUGUCAGCAGUUUUAAAACACAGGUUUUAGAGAGAAAUUUUUGGCUCCUAUAACAAGCGUUGGCCCUUUGGUUUCGAGCGUGGUGCUUCAUAGUAAGCACCAGAAUGCCAUCUGAUGUAUUUCAAGAUUGUAAAUGUGACGUUGGCUGACUCCAUGACAUCUCUGGGGGAUUGAAAGAGCAGCCCUUUCCUUUAAAAAAUAAGUUUACUUUGCUGUUUCACAUGUAUUUUGUAUAUAUGAAAUGGCAGCUUCCAGUUUCUCGUUGGAUUUGCCAUAACAUUGUUUGUAUAACCCGUCAGUCACACAGGUCUGUUUGCCUUUUCACUGCGGAAUCUGGUAGGGGCGCCGAGUUCAGCUCCCAUGUUAAUCCAUCCUGAUUUAUCGCAGACAUUGGACUGAUCACACCGCUGAAGAAACAUACAUUGUCUGUGUUCAUUACUGUUGCUAAGGUUCCUAACUGAAGUAAUUACAGGUGUGAAUACUUUAAGAAUACUGACGCUGUAUGAGUAUUUUUGUGGAAAUGUUAACUUGUUAGUGUGACUAUUUAAAAUAUUAUGAAAUUAAGAAUACUCGAAGAAAAUUAAAACAUUUACUCUUUGGA